AGUUGGCAAGAUGGCAGUGAUGGAAGGACCUCUGAGCAAGUGGACGAACGUGAUGAAGGGCUGGCAGUACCGCUGGUUCGUCCUGGAUGACAGCGCGGGACUCCUCUCCUACUACACGUCCAAGGAGAAGAUGGUGCGAGGAGCGCGCAGAGGCUGUGUGCGUCUCAAGGGAGCGGUGGUUGGGAUUGAUGACGACGACGAUUCCACAUUCACCAUCACUGUGGAUGCCAAGACCUUCCACUUCCAGGCACACGAUCCAGACGAGCGGGAGAAGUGGAUCCGUGGACUGGAAGACACCAUUGUCAGACACACACCGUCCAUUAGGAGGUGGGAUCCCUCUAAACCAGCUCCCACCAUGGCAGACUUCGACAAGAAGCUAACGGAGAGUGAUGCAUACCUGCAGCUGCUGAUUGACCAAACAACCGUCCUGGAGAAGCACAUGCUUACGACAGAGGAUGAGGCUGACAGACAGCGCUGCCAGGCAGUUAUCGGAAACAUUAACAAUGUGUUGGAGUCUAUUAAGCAUUCCAUUGUCCUGCUGCAGAUCGCCAAAAACACUGCUUUUCCAGUCAACGGCGUUUACCAUCCCUGCAAUGCCAUCCCUGAGGGAACAUCUCCGUCUGCAUCAUCUUUAGGAGGAGCGAGCAUUGGAGGUGGGGAGGGGGGGUCUGAUGGAGGAGGAGGAGGAUUGAGAGGAGGAGUGUUAGUAUCCUCAACUGGAGAGCCUGGAGUGCCACUCACUGUUUCCCCAACAGUGCAAACGGGGAUCGAAGUGGGGCGGGAGUGUGCCGAGGCAGCCAACGCACUUGCAGGGAUGCGCCAGAGAAGCCCAGUUCCCAGCGCCCUAGUCCCCCCAGACAGCGUCGUACCCGAAACAUCUUAUUCCAGCUCCGAAGACGAGGAUUUCUUUGAUGCUGAUGAGUUUGCCAAUGCAACGCCCACUCAGAGCCCAAGCGGGCCUCGGCUUUUCGAAGAUGCAGUGGAGACCAUACCUGGCCGAGGGGAUGCCUCAGGGGCAUCCGCCCCCGGCGCCACCUCUCCCUCCAGUCCAGCCGGCCCCUCCUCCGAUGCAGCAGCCCAGAUGCCCCUCCUCGCACACUCUGCCGUUGCCCCCUCACCAGAUAACUCGGGCAGUGACGGCCAGUCCAGCAUUGUGCCGACACAUUCACCGUCCAGCCCUGUCCUGCUCUCGCCCACGCGCACAUCACCUGCAGGCAGCGGCUCCCCGGAGACCUCUGCCGGCGGGUUGGAUGCAUCCAUCGACUACGACCGCAUGUACGAGGAUGAUGACGACCCGGAGCUCGGCUCUAUGGAGGGCCAUGGCUCUGUCAUCCACCAUUUGCUCUCACAGGUAAAGAUUGGAAUGGACUUGACCAAAGUCGUUCUGCCGACCUUCAUUCUGGAGCGGCGCUCGUUGCUGGAAAUGUACGCAGACUUCUUCGCCCACCCGGACCUCUUCUGCAGCAUAGCAGACAUGCAGAGCCCCCAGGACCGUAUGAUCCAGGUGGUGAAGUGGUACCUGUCGGCGUUCCAUGCUGGCCGCAAGAGCGAGGUUGCAAGGAAGCCCUAUAACCCCAUUCUGGGAGAAGUCUUCAGAUGCUACUGGGAGGUCCCUGGGGUGCGUCCUGGAGAGGAGACCGUGCCAGAUGGUCCCGUUCCUUGGGGCACCAACAACAACCUGUGCUUCGUGGCAGAACAGGUCUCUCACCACCCCCCCAUCUCUGCCUUCUAUGCAGAGAACAAGGCCAAGCGUAUCUCCUUCUGCAGCCACAUCUGGACCAAGUCAAAGUUCCUUGGACUAUCCAUCUGUGUGUACAAUAUUGGCCAGGGCUGUGUCUCCGUCAUGGAGCACGAUGAGGAGUACAUCUUGAACUUCCCCAGCGGUUACGGGCGGUCCAUCUUGACUGUUCCUUGGGUGGAGUUGGGAGGGACUUGUCAGAUCACAUGCAAUAAGACAGGUUAUAGUGCCAACAUUGAGUUCCUCACAAAGCCAUUCUAUGGCGGGAAGAAGCACAGAAUAUCUGCAGAGAUUCUGAACCCUGGGGAGAAGAAGCCGGUGUUGACAGUGGAAGGCGAGUGGAAUGGUGUGAUGACAGCUAAGUGGAGAGAUGGCUCGACAGAGACCUUCGUUGAUACGCAGAGCAUGGCCACAGUGAAGAAGAUUGUGAAACCAGUACAUGAACAGGCCCUCAACGAAUCACGGUUCAUGUGGAGAGAAGUUACAGCUGGACUCAAAUUCAACCACAUUGACCACGCCACAGCAGCCAAGUGCGCCCUGGAGCAGAAGCAGCGCGAUGAGGCCAAGUACCGCAAGGAGAACAGCAUCUCUUGGGAGACAAAGCUUUUCAACCUGGUGGGAGACAAUUGGAUCUACAACUCACCACUUCAGAAGAGAUUAAGCCAGUGAUGCCUUGGGCGUCUGCUCUUUGCAUCAGGGGGCCAAUGUCCUCCCUGAUGGGUCGUGGCUUCCUGUGCAUUUUAUUUGCUUCAGGUAGUGGCAUUCACAGAGGGACAGUACAGUGACAUGUGCGUGCGGUAGACGCAGUGGAGAUUUUAUCUUUUUUUUUUUCAUUAUUUACUUCCCCCUCCAGAAAGAAUUAAUGGUAUUAACAAUGACCAUUGCAUAAGGCAUUCUUUCAGGAAUACAGAAAAGCAAAGGUGAAAUAAUCAUUCCAGAAAAUUCCAAGUGCAAGCAUUGCAUCUUAGUCCACAAGUUAGGAUGUGCAGCAUUUUCAGCUAGGAGGUGUUGGUGGAUGUCAUGUGUGAUGAUCUUGGGGUUUCUGUCAGGAAAAGAAAAAAACGAGGACCACAUGUUGCAUUUUCUUCCCAUUGCCGUUGUUUUGACUGAGCAAAGUGUGUCAUUAGCAUGGAAUAGCAAUAGUAAAUAAUAACUGGUAACAUGUGAAUGGUGAAGCUGUUUUUUCUAUGCAAUCAAAACUCCUCUAGCUUUAAGAACUUAGGAAAAUUUACUGUAUGUGAGAUAUUUAUAUUAAAGAAGACUACUAGUAAAAGAAGAGAGAGUAGUAGGGAGGAGGAUUUUGUAGAUGGAAUAACAAGAAGGGGACUGAAAUUGCUCAAGGGGAAAGGGAUGCUUUUCCCGAGCAUUCGAAGUCGGGUAAUUUAAAUGUGUGUAAAUACAUUUGUUGUAGAUUUGUGUGUGAGGCAAGCAUGAUGAGAAGUCUUAUCAAAAAUCAUUAGUGUACAGUCAGUUCUUACCCACUGAUGAUAAGCAGGUGCCAUAAGCAUUUCAAGGUUCCAUCAGUUUUUUUUUUGUUUUUUUUUCAUUCUUUCUUCCAAGAAGAAAAAAGGUAAGUUGGUAAGCCAGCCAGAAACUUAACUUGGAAAGAAACAUGAUUGAUGUGCAUUUAUCCCAGAAAACCAUAAUAACAUGCAAAGUCUUCUACCAUACUUGUGAUCUAUGCAAACCCUAAGAAGGGAGACAGGAAUGCAGUCUUUAUAUAUAAAAGAUAUGAUACCAUACAUAGCACCAUGUCAGUUAAACUGGGUACCAUUCUUUGGGAACCAAAUCAUAUUUCAAUUAAUAUUUGUCAAAAAUCUUAUUUUUGGACACAGCCUCAAGGUCCAUUUUGAGGGCAGAUCUCUACACAUCUGAAUUUCUCAUGGUUGCAAAAAAGACACCUUUUUGCUCCCUGCUUCUAAUCACUAUCCCAGAAACCCUGUUUCUCAUGAGUGUUGGAUUUGCAAUGAUUUGCAACAAAGUAACAAUUUAUAACAACAAUUUACAAAGCAUUACAAGAAUCCGAGUGAUAUCAUUGGGUAAACUGUGCUAAUCAAACUGUUUUCCAUGAUGCGUGUGCCUUGGGAAGGAAGAGUCUGUGCUGUGGAAUGAUUUUUAUUUUAUUUUUUUUAUUUUUUUAUUUUUUUUCUAUUGUUAUAUAUACAUUUCUUUUCUUUUUUCACCAUCAACAGGAGUGACCAAUAGAGAAAACCUCAAAGCAAAGAUAUUAAGAUCUUAAGAAUUAAGAGUUUUAAGAAUCGUAAUUGAUUAAUAUUGUUUAUCUUUCCUUUUUUCUAUUAUAUUUCAACUCCUGGAAACAUUUUCUCAUAGGAUUAUUUUUUUUCUUUUUCCAAGGGAAUGAUUGUUAAAAGUUAUGGAUAUCGAAUGGUUAUUUAUUUCUCAGUGCUAUACUGUAGGCCAUGGUAUUCACACAUCCGUAAAUACUGCCUUACGAUAAUAGUAAUAUUGAUGAUUGAAAUUAUCAUAAUCAUAAUAUUAAUAAUAAUGAUAAUAGUAAUAAUGCAUACAGUGAUUAUUUGUUAUUGGAGAUUUAGGUAAUAAAAAUGUGUAAUGAGUAGGGAGACUUUAGGUGGAGUUUCAGAUGAUGAUUGUAUUUAUUUUGUGGUCCAAAGUCUACAAAAUGAUUCAUGGAUAUUCUUCAGAGCUUAAGUAGUUGGUUGACCUCAAAAUGUCCUCACUCUCUGUGUAUUGUUGGUGGUGUUUCUCCUCCUUGUGGCUUUACAAAAUGGUAAUAUGGUGUAGGUGAGUUUGGUGAGAGUGAGAGUGAAAGAAUUGGACUGAGUUUGUUGUUUCUUUUCCUUUUUUGCCAUUGCACGUCAUCUUGGUUCUCCGAGAAUGAUUGCAUACCAUUGCAGGAAAUGUACGUUAUAUACAGAUUAUGCAAUAACAAAGUGAUAGUAAAAUUAUUACAUAUCUGCUGGAGGGGUUGGGGAAGUGGGAAGGGGACAGGGUGGGGGUAGUAAAGGGAGGAGGGAAGAGGGAAUGGGGCCCUUCCUCCAAGUCCCAGGUAAUUCAAACCAAAUGUAAUUUUUUGUCAUAAGAUGUUCCAAGUUGUUUCUAUGGAAAAACGGAAUACUUGUGCGUGUGUGUUUGUGUCUGUAUCUUUCUUUCUUUUCUUUUCUUUUUCUUUUUUUUCUUUUCUUUUUUUUUAUGUUUAGGUAGUUUGAUGCUACUUUUACUAUGUGAUUGUUUAGAUUCUUUGUUUGAACUUGUUGUAGAGCAGUUUUCAUCAUAGUUUGUUAUCUUUCUUUGCAUUUGUAUGAUAUUUGAUAUGUGAAAAUGCAUAAGAUGUGUAUGUAUGUAUGUAUAAAAAUAUGUAUAUGUAUAGAUACAUAGAUAUAGAUAUUUAUUUACAUAUAUCCAUGUGUGCAUUUGCUUGUGUGCCUGAAUGGAUGGAUGGAUGUACAAACAGACUAAAGAUAUUAUGAUUCCAUGUACAUUGUGCAAAUAAAAAAAAGAAAAAAAUUGGUCCAAAGUAAAAGUUAAGUUCUCUAGUACAUAAGUAAAAGGAGUUUAUUUUUGUGGAUCAUUGAGGGAGGACUUUUCUUUCUUUCUGUCUUUGGUGUGGGUACCUUUAAUGGUGUACCUCCCCACCUUGCUUUGAUUCUGAGGGGUUUGUGCAGCUGUUCAUCUUGCAAUUGGGGACAAGGGGGUGGGGGCCGUCGCAAGUGGCUCGGGAUUUCUUAAUGGAUUUUUUUUUUUCUUUCUUUUUCUUUUUCCUUUUU